CCGUGUCAGUCGUUAGACAAGUUUGCUGCAGACCAGUUGGCCGUGGUGUUGAACUGCCCCGAAGCCGCCCGGGCACAGUGCGCUCCAUCGCGGAAUUCUAUUGUUUUUGCGCUCCCGCCCGGUCGUGUUGUGUAUGUGUGAGUGAGUGUGUGUGAGUGUGUGUGUGUGUUGGGGUGUUUUGUUUUUCUAUUGAGUGUUGUGAGAUCGAAAGAAAUUCGUUCUAGAACGAACUCCGCGGCUGGAGCCCGCGUUGUGCUCCCGCGUGGUGCUCUAAUGGUGCUGGCGAGCAGUUAGCUCUCUCUCUCCUUCUCUCCAUCUAUCUGUCUCCUGUUACCCAUCUACUCUUUGCACUCGCAGUGUCUCUCUCUCUCUCAUUUUAUGUUGCCUUGGCAGAGAGAGAGCGCGCAGAGAGAGAGAAAGAGAGCGAACAAGGGCUCACGUGUACACCCGGUGGAUUGCCGGUGUGUACAGUGUGCCGAUGGAGACAGCAGAACCGCGUGCGCAAUGGUCGCCUAAUACUACCCGCCGUGUGCGAACUCACCCCCGGAAUCGAGCACUAGAACGCUGCUAGGAACGGGCCAGUUUGUACCAAGAGUUUUUCCUCCCUUUGCACGGAAAAUGCACGGUCGAAGAAGCAUUAGCUAGCGCGUGCUGGUAUUUUGUUAAUUUCCUAAGUCCAAGAUAACCAUUAAGUGUUUGUUUUAUUUUAUUUUGUGUGUGCAAUUGCCUGUGUGUGUGUGUUUGAGAAGACUUUUGUUGUAGCUAGAAAGCACUCAUGUGGGUGUGGGUGGAAUCCACUCAGGCAAAGGCAAUAGGGAUAGAAAGGAUACACGCGCGAUUUUUUGCACAUUGGUUGUCGAAAAAGAAACAACAGAAAAAAAGGUGCACCUACGACCCAAUGGCCUCGUUGUGAUAGUUCUCUCGCAAUGUUUGUAUGAGAGAGACAGAAUGGAACUCUCCGCACUGUGAGUGAGCUUUUAGCCUCGCUCAAAGGCUACGUUGUUGUAGCACACAGCAGCCCAGCAAACAGGACAGGAAGAAGGACAUGACAGCAUUCUGGCGAAGGAAAAGCAAUUGUGUUGUGUACCAAAAAAGUGAAGUGAAAUCGAAAACGAUGACUUUAAUGCUGUGAACACUCUGCCUCCUCCCCCCCAAUCCGGUGGGAACUUUGAAAGAAAGAAAAAAGGGCAAUGAAAAGGCGCGAGUGUGGUGUGCGGUGUGUGAGCCUGUCCCGAAAGCAAUAAAGUUGUAAGUUGUGGUGCAAUUCGGCAGAACCCGUCAGAACAUUCGUCCACUUCUGUUCCGUGAUUGGUUUUUUUUGGGGGUGGUGGUGGUUAAUGUUCCCUGUUUUUUUCCUUGUUUUAUGACACUUCCGCAAGCAGUUCGUGCGUAUCGUGCUGUGCGCUGAACGUGAUUGGAACGAAACAAUUGUGAGUGUGGAGAGCAAAAAACAGGGACACAAAAGCGACUAUUCCCUUUUUUUCGGUACGGUAAAAUGGGGCUAAAGAAAGCAAGAAUCGAACCCGAUUUUGUGUGUGUAUGUGUGUGUGUGUGUGUAGAAAGGAAAGGGCAGGAGGAAAUCAGGGCUGCAAGAGAGCAGGAGAAGUUCUAAUCGAAAAAAGUAAUUACAGCCCUCAAACUUUCCUAGAGCUUCGCGCUCUGCGUCAAGAAUCGAUGAAGCGCUGGGGGUCGGGGGCAGAGUGUGUGAGAAGCGUUAAUGUUCUUCCCUCGAACCUCCCCCGCGGAAGCGUUGGCAAAUGCCAAAAAAAAAGGUCCUGUAGGAGCAAGAGAGUGUGUGAUUGAGGGUGUGCAAAGGAAGAAAGAAAAUCUUCUCGCCCUCUCAGAUGCGUUACAAAAAGCAGCUCUUCCCAGGAUUGUGAAAUGUUUAUGUUUGCACGAGGGACACGUGAGCGUGAAUGGGGCAGCAUGGUUUUAAAGUGUUUGGGGAUUUUCGCUUUAUUCCCCUUCAAAAAAAGGAUAAUUGUUUUUUUUUAUGUUUAAAUUUAUUUAUUUAUUUUUUUAUUCUUACUUAUUUGAACAUCAAUACGCAAUUCUUUAUUUGCGUUUCGUAUUAAAAUGCGUCUCGCGUCUUAUCAGUGGAUUUCCCACCACACCUAGGCUCUUCCGCCAAAGUGCCACACUUUUGACAUUGUAACAGUUUGUUAUUAUUGUUAGAAAAAUGUUUUUGUUUGUUUUUCUAUCAGAACGCGUGUGUGUCUGUGUUUUAGUGAAGUAGUGUUGCUACUACUACUCUUCAGUCGUACUGUCUGCUACACACAUACACUUAGCAACAGAACGAUUUAACACCAAUACGAUUGCGUUCACUAUCUCUCGCGCUCUCCCAUUUCUAAUCGAGAGAGUUUGCUCGAGCUCGAGGAAAAUGUGGCCCCGCGGUACAAAAAAAAAGGGCCCCACCAACACAACCGAGCGUGUUGCUGUGCGGUUCAAUUCGCGCCCAUCGAUGGGGGCUUACACACACACACACAUACACACAGGCCGUCAUAAAGAGAGCGAGAGAAAGAGAGGGACAGGUUCGGAUUUGCGCCCUUCGUCUCGUGUGCACGUGAGCGAUUUUUCCGCGAUAUCUAAUGGUUUGGCUGUGGUGUGGAAUGAGAAUUUUAAUUUCCUAUGAAAAAAAAAAAAACAUAAGAGCUCUAGGUACACGUGCAAGAAUUCAUUUUCUUUGUUAAAAGAAAAUAUAAAAAUUAAUUAAAAAAAGGAAAAAGAAUUGAGCACAAUCAAAGUAGGCAUUGGCGCUGAAGUGGCGCGGCUCGAACUGCUCGAUCUGCUCGAACAGUGCUCGACGACAGGCUUCGUGGUGUGAAGGGUUUUUAUUUUCCCGAGCCGAUGGGAAAAACAGGCAAAUUUUCCGCGAGAGCGCGCGCGGAGCGGGUUGGCGCGAGUGAGAAUUUUCCGGUGCAAGAACACGAUCUCGAACUGUUUGAAAUAGCGUUCCGAGGGAGUGUGUGUGUGUGUGUGUGCGUGAGACUGUAUUAGAGAAAUCUAUUCUCAAAGAGAGCGAGAGAGCGGUGUGAGCACUCGAGCAGGCAAGGCAAAAAAAAAGAAAGAAAAGAAGCAGAACCAACCCUCGGGUGCGGGUCCGCCGUGCUCGGUGUUGGACAGGUUCGGCUCAGUUAGUAGUAAACCGCGGCACGGUGUAAAGGAUAAGGCGACGACGAUUCGGGCAAACCAAUAAUAACCACCACCACCACCACCACUAUCACACCAACCGUUCCUUCGGCAGCUCUUUUCUCGCGAUUCUUGCCUUGCUGCGUUUCGUGCGUACUUGCGUCCGUAAACCGUCCGUUAAAGCGCGUCCGGAUCGGCGUGCCAAAGUAAAGCCACAAGCGUGCUAACGCUAACGCAAGUAGGAGAAAGCCACCGCGAGCCGCCGCAGGGAACCGAACAGAUGACACUGUCGAAGGGGUUCCGGGAUUGGGAGUACUUCUAGCGCCAGCUAUGCAACCACGGAACACCCCCUGGCCGGUCUUUUGAGUCUGCAAAUUCGAACCCCCGUUGCUACGCGUGUGAUACUACUAGUGCCUCGUGUGGGACGGUGCAAAAAAGCCCCCUUUUCUUGGUAGCCGAUUGGUUUGCGGUGCAGUUUGUUGUGUCUUCUCAACCAUUUACAAUCCCAUUGCGAAAAAGGGUUCCACGGAGCGGCUUUCCAUUCAACUCAACUUGGGAUUUCUUCAUUGCAGUGCGACAUCGUUUCGUUUCGUGUGCCUGAUGAUCAUCCACUGCUCGGUGUGUCUUGCAGCUGCUGUUGACCACGUCCGACAGUGUGUGCAGUGUUGAUUGUGUGUGUGUGUGUGCGUUGUGUUGUGUGUGUGUUGUAAGAUGAUCGGUGCGAUCGUUGUUAAAGCGUUUCGAUCGUACGGCAGCUAGGGUGGAAUUGGGGCUUUGAGUUCCCAAUUUUCCCUGUUUUCAAGCAACAAGCAGAAGCCUCCCAGGAUUCGAAGGCGAGCACGCCUUGCUUCCGACCUUCCACCCCUCCCCAAAAAGUUGGCUGUGUUGGCGUGUACUACUACUACUACUACUACUACUACGAUCAGAAGUUAAGGUGUGUGUGUGAGUGUUAUUACUACUAGCCAAAACGGUGAAUUGUUGAUCAUAUAGCGCAUUAAGUUUGUUUGUUACUGUGGGAAAAAGAGUGAGAAAAGGAGUGAAACAAGAAAACACCCCACGUUAUCACAGCCCGAAUAUAACCCCCCCUCCCCACGUGGUCUCUAAGAUUCUAAGUGCGUUUUUUGUGCGUGUGUGUGUGCGUUCGAGUGCGUUUUAUGUGAGUGUGUUUUGUUGUUGUACGCGAGUGUGCUUUAAAGUCAAAAUCAAAGCAAUACAAAUAACAAAAUAGAUAAAUAUAUUCACAACUUUACAACGUCAGCAAUACAGUACAGGUGAAGAAUAUUUUGAAGCGAACGACAACCUCUGAAGCCAAGCGUCCCAAAGCGCCCCAAAGCGCCCCAAAAGUGCAAUAGUUCAAACGUCGCGCUAACCCAAAAAAAAAGAAAGAAAAGCCUUUGGGCAAGGCACAACAACAAAAAAAGAGAGGGCUACGGGCAAAGUUGGCGGAGCUAGGCCGGAGCGGUGGGUUUGCGACCAUUUCGUGGCAGGAAAAGUUCGGAACCACGGCGGCGAAAAUAGAGCUGCCCGUAGUGAGAGCGUCCGACGUCCCGCUGUUCUCGUGGACGCCGCAACAGCAGCAGCAGCAGCAACGCAGCAACCACUGCGGUGGCUCAUCCGCAUCGGCAUCGACAGCAGCAGCAGCAAUCAUGAGCGAUCGGGAUCGAGCGUCGCCGACGUUGAUCGAGACGGGAUUAAAGACGCUGAUAGGCGGCCGCGAUAGCAAUUAUCCGCUGAUAAGCGGGACGAAUGGUAAAACAAGCAAUAACAAAGAUAUCUGCGGCGAGGACAAACACAAAGAGGAGAACGAUCCAUGGAACGUCGAAACACACUCCGCGUUCCUCGGCCCGAACCUAUGGGACAAAACCCUGCCCUAUGACUCUGAUCUCAAAGUGCAUCAGUAUGCUGACCUGGACGAGUUUCUCUCGGAAAAUGGCAUUCCGUACGAUGGAAUACCGAACAGCAAUCUGGGCAAUUCGACCAGCCUGACCGGGCAGCGGUCGGACAGCAUCGGCCACUGUGCGGGGCUGUCGCUGUCCGGUCUCGGGCAGGUCACCACCAAGCGCGAACGGUCGCCCUCGCCAUCGGAUUGCAUGAGCCCGGAAACGAUGAACCCACCGUCACCGGCCGAUUCAACGUUCUCGAUGUCGUCCACCCGCGACUUUGAUCCGCGGACGCGCGCCUUCUCGGACGAGGAGCUGAAACCGCAGCCAAUGAUCAAAAAGUCCCGCAAACAGUUCGUGCCGGACGAGAUGAAGGACGACAAGUACUGGGCGCGCCGUCGAAAGAACAACAUGGCGGCGAAGCGGUCCCGCGACGCGCGCCGCAUGAAAGAAAACCAAAUCGCGCUCCGUGCUGGUUACCUGGAAAAAGAGAACAUGAACCUACAUCGAGAGGUGGAACAGCUGAAGCAGGAAAACAUGGAGCUGCGCGCCCGCCUGUCCAAAUACCAGGAGGUAUAAUGUUAGCCCGGCGUACCCCGGCGGAACAACGCCACGCGUUCGUCUACUUCUAGUACUACUCUACACCAUCACCGUCACUACUACUACUACUACCGCUACUACUACUACUACUACUAUUUUGCUAACCACUGUCGGCGUCGAUGUGUUCGGCAGCGUCGCAUUGUUUCGCCACAUCGCCACCGUUUAUCGCCAUUAGAGUCGUCUACCAAUCGUUACCACCGAUCACCAGCAGCAGCAGCAGCAGCGACAGCAGCCAGGCUUACAGCGCAAUGUUGGUGAAAGGCAGCUUUAUGCAAACCCUGCGCGUGCGCGCGCGCUCGCGAUCCUCAGCUCUCCCAGCAAACGCAACUGCUGGCGCAAAAAAAAAAACAGGACGCAACGGGCCGCUUCCUUGUUGUGAAGGAUUGCCAAGGGAGAGUUGGACAGCAGAGAGAGCAAGAAAAAGCGAGAAAGAGAUAGGAAAACACGAGGGAAGCAGUGUUAGAUGCGCUUCCUCCACCCCCACUGCAAGGCUAUUAUAGUUGUACGUGUUAUGUUUCAUUUGUUUUGUUUUGUUUUUCGGUUGUUACUAAGCAUAAGCUCGAUCCAGAAUUGUUUGAAACGGCACGGAGCUGUGCGCACGAUGUGUGUAGGGCUUUUUGCGUUUGAAACUAAACUGUUUCAAGAGAGAGAGAGAGUAUCGUUGAUAGCUAAUUUGAUGCUACACAGUAGUAAUGUUGGUAGCUAAAGACAGGCGACAAAGAGCAUAAAGAUAGAACGCAGUAACGUAGAACGCAUGCCUGCUAGACAAAACAGUAGAUCUAGAUCAACUAAAGAAUAGAGAAAGAGAGAGAGAGAGCAUAAGAAAGAUCGAAGAUGAAGCUCGCUUGUUUACAUACAAUACAAUUUAACGUACACAAAAAAAAACAAACACACAUUCAAAACCAUCCUCCCCACCUGAUACAAGAGAAAAGGCGUAAAGGAAUGCGCGCACAUAAAAUGAUGAAAAGCAGAGAAUAAUGUUACAAAAAAUAACUUCAAUUUCAAAGAAGGAAAGAGGAACACAUGAAGCUUUCCUUCUUUCGCGCAGUAGAUAAUGCAAAAAAGUAGCAGCAAGAGAAAGAGAGAGAGAGAAGUGUUUCGAUUAAGUUUUGUUGGUUUUUUAUUUGUUUUUCCUUUUGCUUGCUGUCGCGGAAUUAAAGGAUUGCUUUAAGUAGCGGGUACCUUACGACCUGCCUGUCUGCAAAAAGGAAAGGAGUGAUGGAGCGUAAAGCAAAAGGAAAGGCAAAUGUCGGCAAAAAAAAAGUGUCCAAGACGCGGGACGCCUGUAGUUUAAACAUACAAAAUGCUGGAUUUGUGCAAUUGGUAAUUAUACUGUGACCCGGGUGUGUUAUGUGCAUGUGUUGGGUGGUAGGAGAGAAAUGGAGCGAAUGAGCGCAGCUGGAGUGUGAGCUUGGUAUGGACACGUUAAGGAUAGGGUUAAAGCAGAGGUGAAGAGUUGGACCCCCCCGGCACUUGUUUGAUAAGCAAACGGUGUCAUUAAGGAUAGUCGCGAGUCAAUUGUCUUGGGUUUAAAGGGGCUCGUUUGUGUUAGUCACGUUGUUACCAUUGGGUGGUUCGUUGCUUUUCUUUUUGUUGUUUUGAACCGGUGUACAGAGAAGAAGAAGAAGAAGCUCAUCACUUCACUCUGCACCGUUUGUUAAACCACAUCCACACUGACAUGUUGGAUCUUCGCUAUAGUCAUGGGAGAAAUAAGGAGCAUUUCUCCCAAAGCAAACGUUACAAAACACAACAAAAACAAACGUUUCACGUGAGAACGACGACGUAGGGCUGUGAGUUUAUCAAAAAAGAAAAAGAAGAAGAAGAAGAAGAACAUAAAAACACAGUUAAUAAGAAGAAACUGUAACUGAGAGAGAGAGAGAGAGUGUGCGUGUGAACGAUAUGUUGGCAACCGAAACCCAAGCCUUAGUGGAAACUGCUGCUGAAACUGCUGAAACCAACAGAAGAAAACGUAAAGCGUGGCACAAGGUGCAAUUUUUCAUCGUCCUUUUAUGAGAGACACGAUCAAAAGCACGAUGGAAAGGAGGAAGUAAGGAAGCGGUUUUCCUGCGACCGAACGACUGCUCUGCGCAAGUAGUACUACUUGUUUGGCGCCGUUGACGCGCAGCAAAGAAUAUGGCCUUCGGAAAUAGUUUCCAAAAAGUAAAACCCCACUACCCUUCUUCGAUCGAGAUCGAGAAAUUACGAUCGGACCAUGAAAUGUACAAAACGCAUCCUAACGCGAGCGACCUCUCUUCCAUAAGGAGCUGAACAGCUGUUUUUCAUGCUCUCUUUUUCUUGUCUCUAACCAACAACUGCUAGAAAACGAGAAGUUUUCCCCAAAAACACCUGCUAGCAGGACUUUACAUUCGAUCGGUCUCGCGUCUCUAUCCUUCUGCGGACAUCUUUCUUCUCUUCACUCAUCCUUCUAAUUACACUUUCUUCUGCUUCGGCCUCUCGAGUCGUUUCAGGAGCUCCUCCCUUGUGUCCUCUUGGGCAUCUAGCUUGAAAACAAAUAUUACAAAUCACUGUUACGAAAAUACCUGUUAUACCCGAGCUAUACAAACUCUUGUGCUCGUGCUUACUUGGUUGGUGGUUCGGUCUGUUGCUAGUGCACCGUUGUGCACCGUUGUGUUGGCAUUGGCUGCCCAAUUGAAAGGUGGUAAAGGCGGUAAAAUGAAAGGAUUCACGCAAGGACCUGCAGCUAGACAAAUAGUAGAACCUGAAAGCAUAACCGCGCAUGCGUUUAAGGUAGAGUGUGCGGUAGUAGUGAAAUAGAGGAGGAUAUUAUCUUUACAUGUUGAAAUAAUGACAAAUUAGCAUGCAUAUUCAAUUAGGUGCGCGGGACAAGACAACCCCCCAAUUCUACGGCCUUAUGCCGGCCUUUGUACAUACGUUCGAACGUUACGAAACAAAACAAAAAAAAUAUUAACAAAAAACCCCAACACACAUACACAUAAAAGAAACCCCUCCCCUCGUAGCCUAAAGCAAGAUGCAGUAGCACGCAGUUUAAUGCAAACUACGAAGAGAGAGAGAGAGAUGCUGUUUGUUUAGUAGAAUUCAUCGAGUACGCGAGUUUUAUCAGAAAAAAAAGAUAUGAAAGCGAAACUUCACACGCACGUGUCCGGAAAGUCAUGAGUCUGCCGGUAUGCCCCUUAGCUUUCUCUGUUGCCUGUCUGCCGCAGGUGCUGCGCGAUGAUUAGGCUGUGUUUUCUCAUAGCUUUGCGCCUACCGAGCUGAUCUUUCGCAGGAACAUCAAACACAGACACUCGUUAGUACGGUAACCGAAUGAGAUUGAUGCCAUUUUGGUACACCCUGCACCCCGUAGACUGUUGUUAGCUCUUGGUGUUUCGCUUGGCAAAACAGGACGACGGCACUCUCGCGAAGAAUUCAAUUCAAAGGCUUAACUCUGAGGCUACGCAUGGGAGCGCAAAGACGGAACGAACGAUUGGUGAUGGUUAACGAUAGAAACGAUGCAAACGGAAGAGAAAUAGGCCGGCAAGAAUGGCGGUACCGGUGGUAGUGGAAAUGGACGUAGUGGUAGGACACGUAGGACGUGUGGGGAUGCACGGAACCAGCAAAAGCAAAAAAGCAAAAGCUGUUACCAUUCAAAUAGUGGUGGCGUAUGGCGUAGAAAUGAGAGGGCGGGAGGAUGGAAUCAAAAGUAAGGAAAAGGAAAAGAUGAAAAAAAACACACAAACACACACAUACAUACACACAUACACGAGAGCAAACAAUUAGUAGUCUGAUUCAAUUGUAGUGAUAGUAACAUUUAGUAAGUGACACAUGGCGAUAAAUAUGUAAUUUGAUAAGGUUGAUGAAUGGUGAAGCAGAACGGAAAAGAGAGAUAGAGAGAGAGAGAGCAAGAAAGCAAACAAAACAAAACAAAGCUACCAAGAGCAGAUAAGCUAAAAAGCAGAAAAGAAACAAACAAACAAAAACAAACUAACUAACAAACAAACAUAAGUAUGGAAAAUGAUUAAUGAAAGGCAAGCUUAAAAAGAAAAAGCGUAUUCAGCAGGGUGAAAAAGGAAAGGAACAAGGAAAUGGUUUUUUUGAGGUGAAAAUGUGAAUGUGAAAAACAAAUGAGCGAAAUCGAUGCUGAGCUGUGGCCGCGUGUUGCUGGAGCGUGUUUAAAUGCGGGAAAACAAAAACCCGAUGAUAUGGUAUGCCGGAAAGCUCAGUAACGCGUCAAGCACAGCAAGUGCUGUAGUUUAAACUUUUGCGCACACCUGAGUUAAUCCCUCCGGAAAAAAUACGUAGUUGCCCGUUUUGUUGUUGAAAAAAGCUAAAAAUUUACGUGACGUUGUAAAAGAAAUGCAAUUCCCAGGACCGACUAGAGACUCAAAAUUAACGGCUAUUGGAAACACACGUGAAUUCACAAAAUUUAACUAUUGAUCUGAUCUGAUCCGUGUGGUUGUCGUUGUUGUUAUCAGUACAUACACACAUACAUUCAGUCAGUAGAACCAUGCUACCAUAUCCAAAGCAUCAAGUUACCAAAUGAUUGCGUUACACGUUUCUAUAGUGAAGAUGUUUUUGUUUUGUCUUCUUUCGGUCUCACGUGCUACUCAUUAAAUUAUUCUCACCCUUUCUUUGCGUCUCACCAAAUCUCUCUCUCACCCGCUGAGCACCAGUGAGCAGAGCGUGAGCAAAACGGGCAGGGGUUUUCUGUCCCAACCGGUUUGUUUUCCGAUUUGUUUCGUUUCGUUUUGGUUUGUACCUUUCUUUUACUGUCAGCUAUUUUCUGUACAAAGUUUGUGUUCAAAGUUUUCUUUUUCUUUCCUUUCUCAGUAGUGUAAUCAAUUUUGCUUUGCAUCUUUGUUAAAUCGUUUGUAUUGAGGUUUGUUUGCUCUUUUUGUUUUUGGUUUUAUUUUCCCAUUUCGCUUCAGUUUGGGCUUAAGGAUGCGGUCAGUUAUUGCCUUUUCUUUAGGCACCGCAAAACAAAGCACACAAAACCUACACGACAACACAAACACAAAGGCAAGCAAACAAAACAACAACAAGCAAAGGAAGGAACAGCUGAAAUGGGAAUAGUAAACUAAAGCGUAAAAUACCCUCACAAUCACCACCAACCCUAGUGCACCUAGUUAUGACUUACACACCCGGAGAAAGAUUAUUAGUAAGUGCUAGGAUACGAUAAGCUAUAAAACGUAUGCCCGUCCCGUGGGUGAAAAAAAGGAACAAAACGUGGAGUAAACGCAAGAGUGUAGGAAGAACAAAAAGGCGUAAAACAAAGAGAAGAAAUAUAGUGUUGUGUAGCAGGCAGAGCAGAGAUGUGAAGCAGUAGUGAGGUAGUAGAAGAAGAAAAGAAAAACAAACAAAAACAAACAAAAGUGUAGAAAGUAAACAUAGUGGCUCCUAGUUAAGCGAAUUUGUUUUGUUUUUGUUUUUGUUUUUCGUUUUUUUUUUGUGUAAUUGUUAUCACUUCGCAGUAGCAGCUUUACGAUUAAUAAGGAAAUUGGUUAAUGUUCGUUUUUACCCUCUAUCCGCCUCUCCCCAUUUGUUGCUUCUCUAAUAGCUCUUUAAGGUGUUUCUUCUCCCUUCUCAACUUUUUAGUGUUCUUGCGGUAAAGAAGAAAUCUAUCUAUCAUUAUCUUGUAUUUAACAAAUGUUAUGUAUUAUUUCUUUACGUUUUGGCAUAUAUUAGUUUUCUCUCAUUUUCCUUUUGUUUUCGUUUCGAAAAGUUUCAAAGAUAAAAAAUCUAUUGGCAAAAAAACAGUCUUAGCAUAGGUUUAUCCAAAUUUACACUGCUCCAAAUGGAUUCGAUUGCGAAAGCAACAAAACUAUGUAUUGAUUUAAAUUUACGCACUAAACACUUUGCCGUGCUACCUUAUCUAAAUCCUUUCGCUUACACUGCUUAACUCCAUUCUACCUUACGGAUUAUUUCUACUUUGUAAAUGUUAUUUAAUGUAGUAAAUACCUGUUUUCCUCUUCUUUUGUUGGUUUGUUUAACCCCGUUUUGCCCCUUAUUGUGAAUAUGAUUGGUAUAGUGUUAAGUGCUGGCAGGAGAACCCGGAAGGUUUCCCGCUUUUCCCACACUUUUAUUUUCUUUCUUACUCUUACAUUUCUCUUACUCGCUACUGUUCACUUACUUCUGUAGAUAAGCUCGUUGGUGUUUUGUUUUUUAUCUCUUCUUUUCACCUCCAAUGGCGUUUGUUUUUGGUAGCUCUUUUCGAAAGUAAACAAAGGCAAGUAGGAAAGCUUAGGUACGUAGACGAAAGCUGCAGCUUAGAAAGAGAAAUGCGUUAAUGGGCAAUAAUUUAGAAGCAGACGCAAACAUAAUAAAAUAAAACAAGAACAACAACUUAAAACUCAUCCCUCCCCAUUACACUCAGUGUAUGAACAUGUUCUGUUGCAGGACAUAGAAACACAAACACACAAGAAAAGACAACCGAAGAGGGAACGCGAGUAGUAGAAAACGGCGAAGGAAAGCAAACGCGCAUAAUUAAGACGAAACUUACGAGCAUUCAUCCAUUCUUUGAGUUUACUAACCUGUUUUUUCCCCCCGGCCCUUAAUUCUAUUAUAUUAUAACUAUCGUCUGUCACAUUACAAACUCACUCACUCUCUUGUCAAAAAUACACACACAAACACAAACUAUGCAAAUGCACACAGACAGAGAGAGAAAGAGAGAGACACACACACACAUACAUACACACACUCAAGUUAAUGGAAAACAAUGGCAGCGAUGAAAAAUAGGGAGGGGAAAAAUGAAAAAGAACACAGGGCUGGUUUCGGGGCCUUUGCGUUCGUCACGAUUACUACGAUUACAUUUAUGAUUAAUUAAUUAUAUUAAUAUUAUUAUUAUUAUUAUUUUCUAGCGAAUGAUUACGAUUUUUUUUUCGUCGAAAAGAGAUCAAUAAAACUAUAAGCAUAGUUCAGUGA